AUGAUGGCCGACGCCAUGGCCUCGAUGCCGAGCCGGGCACCCCGGCGCAUGACCCUAGCAGCCCCCGCGGACUACCUUACGAGUCCUGGCGGACCCGCGGUGCACCGUCAAUAUUCACCGUCAGUUGGCUACAGCUGUAGCCUCGCCGUGGGGAAAAUUCUGACCUUAAUGGCCGGGAACCAUCAACUUUCCUCAGCUUGCUGGGACAGUGAUUUCCUAUCUGAUUCUGGGGUUGCGUCUCUGUCGGGGACGACCUUGCAGUCCCUGCGACCCUGUGAAUCUACCGUCCGUUCGACCUCUGGAACCAAUGAAGACUGGGACUUGGAGCUGUCACUCGGGGCGAAAACACCUAAAGCCCUAGCGUUGAAUGAAGAAGCUGAAGAUUAUGCCACAGCUGCCGCGCCUAGCAUCGCAUCACUGGCAGAUGAUAAGCAGGUGGUUAUCAUAGACCCAAGUGGUGCACCAGUGGAAUCACUGCUCGAAUAUCUCGAUGGAUAUGCAAUAAAAGACGCCAUGGUUUUCUGUGAUGUGCAUAGUAUGCAUUCUCUACCACGGCAACCAACACUAUUCUCAGCAUAUGCAACAUUCCAGCGACCACGGCAAAUAGGAGCUAGCGAUGUUCAACGCGAUACUGAUCGGGAAGCCUGUGCCAUUUGGACUAAAUCCUCUCUUGGUGUUGACCCGGACGUCCGGAUAACACCACACGUACCACCAGAAAUAUCCACAGGAUUCAGUAUGCGACGUCAAGAUCUUCGUAAACGUGAUUCGAUACCUUUUGCAUCACCCCAUGCGCCAGAAUCAGCACGCGGGACGGUUGCAUGGCUGCAAAAUUUGUGCUACAAGGUUUCCCAUACGUCUGCUGUUGUUGCACGACCAUCUCCAGAGCGAUUCGAGAAUAUGCACGAACGUGAGCGGCCACCAAGUGAGGAGGCAGCGUUGGAAAGGUCAUUGCGUGCUGCAGAGAUGGCGUACUGCAAUGGAAGUUGGCACAAUUGCGUCACGUACGUGAAGACAUUAUUGCACAGCCUCGAAACUGCUGCCAGUGUCACUCCAAAGGCACUGAAAAUUGUCUCCUUUGGCGGACCCAGUGCAUCAACGCUCGACGAUGAUCUCCGCUGCCACCAGUGCUGUGGGCGUCUUUCACGACUUGUGUGUCGUCUCGCGCAGCGCUGCGAUGAGUUGUUAUCUGCGCCUCCCCAUCCACUCGACGCUCGCGAUUUAGCUGCAUUCCGCCAUGGAACAGCUGCUCUUCUAGGUGACAUUGACGAUGCCUUUCUUCGGGCUAAGAGCAAGCUCAUGGUUGACGAAGCUGUGGCUCAUCUAGCCUUGGUCAAAACCAAUCCAGUGUCUAGACGUGUCUUCGUACACUCACGCCCAACACGAAGAUCCGUAUGUGAGCAAAUACGCGACGGGUGCGCACCACCAUCCUUUCGUGGUCGGUGCUGGUGUGGGGCUCUCCCACCGCUACCUCGAUCGAGUAUUGCGGCCGCGCUUGAUGUAGUUCAUUCUUUACGUUUAAGCUAUCGUAUUCUGGAUGCUGAUGGCCUGGAAGCUCUCGUCCUGGCUGAUUUACGUCUAGAGUCCAUGGGCUACUCACCGUUAACUGUAGAAAAACUAGUACCAGGCGAAUCACCCGAACCAAGAAUAUCUACAGUUAUGUGGCGCGAAGCAUCAACGUCGAGAGUCUUUUGGGAAGUGGCGAGUUCUAAAGAAUUUCGUGACAAGGAUGCUAUUGCGUGUGAGUCCGGAGCGGCUCUCGAGUCAGCGCUGGAAAAUAAGUGGUCAUCGCGAGCAUCAGGCCGUGUCGAAGGACGGCUUAUUGCCCUAGUUCUGGCAUUACCGCCGUCAAGUCUCGCUCGUGCCAAAGCCGCUCUUGCCCUGGGCAUUGGCUACCUUCGUGGCGUCGAACGCGUCCGUGAUGAGAAAGCCACGAUAAUUGACCGCUACGAAGCUUCUACGCUAGCACUUGGCAAUAAUCUUAGAUUGCGCCGCAGAUUGUGGCGCGGUCGGAAGGCGCUACACGGUGCGACACAAGAACUUCGCAUUGCCGAGAUGCUCCUCUUCGAGGCAACCUGCGUGUUGGAGCAACACACCACUACCAUCCCUGUUGAUUUGCCUUUCCAUGCCCAUCGUUAUGAAGGUCCAUUGGAUCCUGCAUCGUCCCAGCAACACAACUUUGCCCCUACUGCCUAUUCAGUUCUUGCAUGCUCCAUGGGUUACACAGCCUUGCGAGCGCUUGCUCGUGCGCUCGAGCGACGUGCAAAACAUGCGUAUGCAGUUUUGGUUCUUGAUGUAUGUGUGGCAAUUUUGAGGCUCCGUGAUGACUCGAAUGAGCGACGCAAGUUGCAACGCGAAUUAUGCAUUGUGUCAACGCGUCAAGGAGAUCGUGAAACCGGAGUUACUCACUGCAAUCAUGUUUUGGGCGACUUGCGCGAACGUUUCGAAGGGCGCAGGAUUCGAGCACUAGCACAUCAAACGCGUUUGCAGGAUAACAAGAGGCUGGGUCUUAUUCAGAACUACUCGUGACUCACUUCGCAAAAUCUAGUGAUCUCACCUAUGCGCACUUGACGUUGCAAAAUUUAGAAGCGGAUCUGUCAGGGCGUCAGAAAAUGUGUGCGACUUCAACUUCAAUUUACGAGCUCGAGUUAGCAUCACAACAGGCUGCUUUAUCCGUAGCACACAUUGCUGUAGAGCAGUGCGAACCUUCUCUAGCCACGUUUUGUUUAGAACGUGCUCUAGCUGUAUGUCCAACAUCCCAUCGACGUCGCAUUGCGUUUUUGUCAUAUCUCAUUGAAGCUCAUGUGCUGUGUGAUGACACGAUGAGCGCACAGCUUGCCUUGCGUAGGGUCGAACGCAUUCGACAACAUGCUUCGAGCGGAUCCUUAGCUCGAUCUCUAUGGAAUCCCCUGGAGGACCUGUGCCGUGGUGAAUACCAACCUUUGUGGGAUUCACCCCUGAAAGGUCGCCUCGUGGCAUUUUGUGAUAACGAUGUUGACCUCGGCCAACUAGCUGCAGAGGUAGCCUUACUAGAGAGGCGUCCAAGGAGAGCAUUGAAGAGGCUUGUGCCUACGGUUGCGGCGGCUGAGGCGGCUGUCUCUCGUGUGGGUUCUGUGCGAGGUCUUGGCGAACUUGGUGCUUUAUAUGAGCUUCGUGGUCGUGCGCAGGUAGCCUUUGCAAGGGAUGCUGAAACACGAGCCUUUCCCUUGUGUCUCGAUGAAUACAGUCAUGACCCCACUCGCCAAGAUUGCGCACUUGAUUGCCGGUUUUAUAAGCAGCAUAGUUGUGAUACUAUUCAAUCUACCGGACACGAUCAAAGUCGUGAACCUUUAAGCGUAACGGAUGAGAUGUCGAGACGAUCACGAUCCCGACACUACCGCGCUUAUGGAAAUGCAGCCGAUAUGCGUAAUGAUGCCUUGCGUUGGUAUCGGCAUGCAUUGGAGUGCUUCAAGGCAAUAAAUGAUUCGUUUGGCAUUGCUCGAGCCGCAUCUGCCUUUGCUACUUUAAGCCUUGACAGGAUGUUUCUCGAAACAACGAUGACCGCGCCUCAAUCUGAAUUGAUGGCUGAAGGUGGGCGUGCAACAAUUGAAGAUGCGGCUUUAGCUUCCCGCCAUGCCCUUGAAAUCGCAGCGGUCAUCAAUGAGCCCCUGCUUCUCCUUGAAACCUAUC